UUUGGCAUUUUUAGCUUAAUCAGCUACAGUUUUGAUUUAUUUCCAGGUAUAAAAAAUGUCCGAACUUCAAGCUAGUGUAUCGUGUUCUCCGCAGUGUGCGGAAACAGACAAAAUCAAAAAUACAGACGAUAUCAAUCCAGAAACAGUACAAAACACUAACACCAAUAUUUCUCAGGUUGAAGAAGGGUCUCAGAGCGACAGUGAUCUUCUCAAAGGCCUGUUGACAGAUAACUUCUGUCACAUCUGUGAAGCAACCCUGCUUUAUGAGUCCCAGAGAGUUUCUCAUUAUGAGGGGAAAAAACAUGCACAAAGAGUCAGAAUGUACCUGCAGAACAAGAAAGCUAAAAUAAAUAAGCCAAGUCCAGAUUGUGGAGGCGUUUUGAGAGAUCUGUGUGCACAGAAGUUCUGCGAGCUGUGCAACAUGGUAUUCAGCUCUCCAACUGUGGCAAAGUCACACUAUGAGGGCAAAGUUCAUGCCAAGAACAUGAGAAAAACAAUUCCUCCUCCACCUGAAGCUCCCAUCCUAGAAUCCACAACUCCUGGUGUCCUCCCAUCAGAGGCUGCUGUGCAGAAUCAGAUCAGUCAGGAGCAGUACACUUCUGGCUCGGGCGAUCAAGAGGUUGAUCAUAGUGACCCCAACAAGUAUUGUACGCUGUGCAGCGCUUCCUUUAACAACCCUAUGGUCGCACAGCAGCACUACAUCGGCCGGAAGCAUCAGCGGAACCAGACCCGGCAAGAGAUGCUGGACCAGAUGGGGGAACAGUCAGAACAUGCGAGCUCCCUGACUUGCCCGAUUUGCUGUCUGACGCUCAGCUCAAUAGAGAUGUACCAAGCACACAUGCAGGGAAACAAACACAUUGUCAAGGAGAAGAAAGUCAUGGAACUGUGCAAAUCUCAGAAGAAAGUGUACGACUCCUUCCAGGAUGAGCUGGCUGACUACAUUCAGGUGCAGAAGGCCCGGGGACUAGAUCCCAAAGCAGGGCCGGGCACCAUGGGACAAGCAAACAAGGAUCUGGAUGAGAGUGUGAAAGAAGGUCCACAGAACGCAGAAGAGAUGCCUCAUCCUGGCAAGCUGGUACCAUGUUUCCCACCCCCUGGUUUCCCUCAACCUCACUGGCACCCACACUUCCAGUCUCAGGUCAAUCAAUUUGGCUUUGGCGUGAGAGGCGCUGUCCCACACUAUCGGCCGGGGUAUAUGCCCCAUAUCCGUCCUCCUUUCACACCUGGUCACCUGUGUAAAAGAGGAAAGAGCCCUGAAUCAUUUAGCUCCUCCUCUUUUUCAGACUCCUCCUCCUACACUAGCAGCAGUAGUGACAGCAGCAGCAGUUACGACAGCAAAGAGAGGAAGAGAAAGAAGAGGAAGAUGAAAAUGCGAAGGAAGAGCAGAAGAGACCAGGAGGAAGAGUCGGAUACAGAACCAAGUGAAAGGAAAAAGAGGCAGAAAGGAGACAGGAGAGGAAGUGCAGAAAGAGAAGAUGAAAGAAAGAAAUGGAAGGAGAGAAGAAAAAGAGAGAGGAGCUCUAGUGAAGACGAGGAAAGCAGAAGUAAAAGAAGGGCAAGCAAGAAAAGUAGGAGGCACGGGGAUGGACAGCAUGCAAAGAGACGAAAAGUAGAGGAACUGUUGGUCAAACAAGAGAUUGAAGUGCACGAGGAACCACAGGGAAAGAUGGAGGAGCACCUAGAGGUCAGGACAGAAACAAAAGAUGGCAAACACAAACACAAAAAAGAAAGGAAAAAAGCAAAAGAGAAGACGACUCAAGAAGACAACAGGACAGAGGAGGAAAGGCUCUGGGAUGAGACGAUUCUUGGUGUUUCCUAGACUUUGUGUUUUUGUUUUGUUUUUCAAUGAUGGUAUUGUUCUUAUUAAACUGCACGGGACCUCAGAAAAGCGUUUUUCUGAAAUCCUCUGGGCUCCUCUCACUAUUUAUGCAUUCUGAAGAACUAUGAAGGCCUAAAUUCCUUAUUAAAGAUUCAGAAGUGAAACUUUUGUCAUCAUUUACUUAUCAUUUCAAACCCUUAUGACUUCUACAGAACACAAAAGUAGAUGUUUUCAAGAAUGUUCAUGCUGCUUUUUUGCAAUCAAGUGAAUGUGUACAGAAGCUGUCAUUCUCCAAAAAAAAAAGCAGAAGUCAAUACACUAUGCACCAUAUUUCAAUUGUUUAGAUUUUUGAUGAGGUACAGAUCAAAAUAGAUUCGAAAUAAUAUUGCUGCCUGAAAUGUGACGUUUUCAGCCUUGGUGUGUCGUGAGCAGAAAUAUGACAUGCAAGAAACUACAUACAGAGUUGUUAAAAACAACAUUUUUGCCAUUUUUAUAGCUCGACAACAUCCAUUCACUUUCACAGCGUGGAAAAGAGCAACAUGAACAUUAUGCUAAACCUCUCCUUUCGUGUUCCACAGAAGAAAGUAAGUCGUGCAGGUUUGGAAUGACAUGAGGGCGAGUAAAUAAUGUGAAAAUGUUCGUUCUUCGAAAGUCUCAGGACUACAGACUUUAGGACGUCUCUAGAGCUGCACUUCACUCUUGUAGAAAUCACUAACCAUCCUAGCAAUCACUAGCCAUCCUCCAUGUCCAUAUGGAUGUGUCCUUCAACUUGCUUCAUACUUUGAUCAAAUAAAUCCCUCCUGCUGUUUAUAUCAGCAUAGAUUUAGUAUUUAUUUUUCAAAAAAUCUCUUACACUUGAACCUUUCUUUAUGACUCCAGUUUUAGUCUCAAGGGGGCGCUGAUUGCCAGCAUGUGCGCUUCAUGUGGCUCUGCUAGAAAUGUCUUUCAGGCUAAGUCUCAAUGUUCAAGAAAGACAUGAAAACAGUAAUGAGUUGUCCGAAUAGUGGUCCGAUCAGCAUAUUGUAAACACUUCCCUGAAUCCGAGGAGCUCAGUCUGCAAUCCUUGGUUCUGAUGCAUUUCUGUGUAUGUGUGAAACAGAAAUGUAAUGCCAGGCUCAGUUUGGUGCAGCAUAUGCUGGAAUAUGUUUGUUUGCAGGUCUAACAGGUGCAUGAGUUGAAUGAGGGCACGACUGCUACUCUGUUGACCUCUUUCUUGCAUAGAGCUGCAUUUCCCCUUUUGAUAGAUAUCAUGCGUUCAUCCGUUUAUUAAAUGAUUCUGCUGCUAAACUGAUUUUCAAUGUCUCUAUUAAGAAAUCCUUAAUUAACCUUUUGGAACACUUUCUGACUGCUCAGGGAACAUACUGAUUGUGGGAAGAUGAAUGUUUGAUAUGUUUUAGAGGAAAUGUAUAUUUGAAAAUGCUUUAAAUAUGUGUUCUUAUUCGGAUACGCAUGAAAAAUGGGACGGUUGAACCAGAAAUUACGAAUUUGUAAUUUACUAACCCUCAUCUGUUCCAAACUCAUUUGAGAG